UUUAUCAAAAAACACAAAUUAUAAAAAAAUAGAAUUUUUUUUUAAAAAAAAACCAUUUUUUAUUAUUUAUUCUGGAUAAUAAUAAUUAAAAAAUUAAUAAUAUUAAUUAUUAAAGAUGUCUAAAGAAAAGUUAGAAUACCCUCAUAUUUCGUUACCUGUACCUCAAAUGAAACCAGUCUACGAUGUGGUUGUCAUUGGGUCAGGUUAUGGUGGUGCGAUUGCGGCUUCACGAAUGUCGAGAGCUGGUAAAAGAGUUGCAUUAUUAGAAAGAGGAAAAGAAAAAUGGCCCGGGGAAUAUCCCUCUAAGCUAAGAGAAUGUUUAAAAGAAGUUCAAUUUAGUUCACCUAAAAGGCAAAUGGGUAAUAAAACCGGAAUGUUUCGAUUUCAUGAUGGUAGUAGUCAAGAUGCAUUAGUUGCUUGUGGUCUUGGAGGUACUUCCCUUAUAAACGCAAAUGUUGCUCUUGAAGCUGAUGAUCGCGUAUGGGAUAUGUCUGUUUGGCCCGAUGAAAUUAAAAAUGAUCGCGAAAGUAUAAAAAGAGGUUAUGAUAGAGCUAGAGAAAUGCUUGAACCAAGUGAAUAUCCAUCUCAUUAUCCCGAAUUGCCAAAAUUAAAAACUUUAGAAGAACAAGCUAAAUUAUUAGGAGAGGAGUAUCAUAAAAAUUUUUAUAGAGUACCCAUCACAGUUACAUUUGAAGAUCGUAUUAAUGCUGCAGGAGUGCAGCAAUAUGCCUCCACAUUAACAGGGAAUGAUUGUACAGGAGUUAACGACGGUAGCAAAAAUAGCACUCUAAUGAAUUAUAUACCUGAUGCAUGGAAUCAUGGUUGUGAAAUAUUUUGUGAGUGUGAUGUACUACGAAUUAAAAAAUGUGAAAAGACUGGAAGAUAUAUUAUAUUUUAUGAGUGGUUGGAUGACAAUCGCACUAAUUUUGCAAAAGAAAGCCGGAAUGCUCCUUUCUUUGUUAUUGCUGAAGUCAUUUUUCUUGCAGCUGGUACACUUGGUACAAAUGAGAUCUUAUUAAGAUCAAGUGCAUAUGGAUUGAAAGUUAGCGAUCGUUUAGGAAAAGGAUUCAGUGGAAAUGGUGACAUACUUGGCUUUGGUUAUAAUUUGGACCAUUUUGUUAAUGGCAUUGGUUCAGGAAAUAUUGAUCCAGCUAACAUGAAAGCUCCGGUCGGACCAUGCAUUACCGGUGUCAUUGAUAUGCGUCGGGAUGCUGAGAAUGUACUUCAAGGUUAUGUAAUAGAAGAGGGUGUUGUUCCUCCCGCCAUGGGCAAGUCUUUUCAAGUUGUUCUUAAAUCAGGAAGUACUGCAAUCGGUUCCAAACCAGAUAUUACGUACUCGGAGUCUGCUUCCAGAAAAUGGAGACAAGUUAAAUCGGCGUUUGGAGGUUAUUAUACCGGAGCUACAUCACAUACUCAAACCUACUUGGUCAUGUCACACGAUGAUAACACGGGACAAUUAGAAUUGGUAAAUGAUCGAUUGAAAAUUGAUAAUAAAGGUGUAGGUGCUUCAGACACUGUGAAAAAAUUAAAUAAAGUAUUGGAAGAAGCUACCCUUAAAGCUAAAGGAACCUACAUACCAUCUCCAUUAUGGACUAAACCUUUGGGACGUGGAUUGGUUACUGUUCAUCCCAUUGGAGGUUGUAAUAUGGGUAAAGAUGGAAAAUUCGGAGUUAUAAAUCAUAAAGGACAAGUGUUUAUAGGCAAUAGCAAAGAUGUUCAUGAAGGUCUUUACGUGUGUGAUGGUGCGAUUAUACCAACUGCUCUUGGAGUAAAUCCGUUCUUUACGAUUUGUGCAUUAGCUGAAAGGAUAUGUGAAUAUGCAGCCAAAGAUCGUGAUUGGUCAAUCAAUUAUGGUCUCAUUGGAAGGAAGAUUGACUAUAAUAGACCAUUAGUAUCCUACGAGCAAAAUGAACCAGAUUUAAUAAAAAGACCAAGAAAUCAUGAAUUAGAAGGUGGAAUUAGUUUUACUGAAGUUAUGAAGGGUUAUUUUUCAACCGAAAUUUUAUCGACGGAUUAUGUUACUGCUGAAUUACAAGCGAAAUCUGCAGAUUCAACAAUGCAAUUUUUGUUAACAGUAAUUGCUUAUAACGCUGAUACAUUGGUUGAUAUGGAUGAUCAUUCAGCAAUAAUUAUUGGUACAAUAUCAUGUCGAGCUUUAUCACCCGAUCCGUUGCUUGUAACUCGUGGGAAAUUCCGUUUAUUUAUCCCGGAAACUGAUAAAGUCGAUUCUAAUCGAAUGAUGUACAAUUUGAAUUUGAAAGCUACAGACGGAACAAAAUAUCGAUUUAAAGGAUAUAAAUUAGUAAAGAAUGGAAAAAUGAGAGAAGCAUGGAAACAGACUACCAAUUUAUAUGUUACGGUAUAUUUACGUGGAGAUGAUGAAGAAGAAGAUUUGGAUGAAGUUAAUGUUACUCAAGAAGAUGAGGAAGAAGAUCUUAGGAAAAUAGUCGGCAGAGGAAUAUUACAAAUGAGCCCUUUCGAAUUUAUGAAACAAUUGACUACAUUUAAGGCGACUGGAUCAAAUGAUUUAUCGAAAAUUAAAGCCAUGAUUACGUUCGAUGAUUUCUUUGUGUCAACAAUGUUAAAACAUGUAUUUGUCAGAUUCCUUCCUUUAGAAUAUCCAGAUCAAAAACCAGUUCCGAAAGCAUUUCAUCAUAAAUGUAGACCAAAUAAGUCGGUAUGGGAAAUUACAGCUGAGGAUGGUGUUAAAAGCUUAUUGUUCAGAUAUCAAGGUGGAAGAAAAGGUCCGAUUCUCUUAGUGCAUGGUGCUGCCAUGUCACAUGAAAUGUGGUCAACUAAUUUAAUCAAGAAGAGUUUCUUAGAUUAUCUUUUGGAACAUAGAUAUGAUGUAUUUUUGGUUGAUUAUCGUUUAUCGCCAACAAAUCCGGCUUGUAAAAAUCAAGCCACAUUAGACGAUAUUAGAUUAGAUCAUGCAGCUGCUGUUAAAAAAGUUCGAGAAGUUACUGGUGUUGAAACAAUUGGUGUGAUUGCUCAUUGUGUAGGUUCAAUUACAACAUUUAUGGGAUUGUUGGAUGGGAAAAUUGAAGGAGUUGGGUGCCUUAUUGGUUCUCAAGUUGCAAUGCAUCCUAUACUUGGUUUCUGGAAUAACGUUAAAAUGCAUUUAAAACUACUUCCAUUUUGGAAACACGUAUUACGCCAAACAGAAUUUGAUGUAAGAACAUCCUCAAAUACAAAUAUCCUCAACAAAGUUGUCGAUCAAUUGUUACGUUUUUAUCCAGUACCUAAAAGUCAAACUUGUCGUAGUGCAUUAUGUCACAGAGCAUCUUUGUGUUAUGGUACAUUAUAUCAACACGAAAAUCUUAAUCAGAAAAUUCAUGAUAAUCAGCAUACUUUUUUUGGAACCAUAAAUCUUACUACAAUGCAACAUCUUCAUGUUGCAGCACGAAAGAAGUUGAUCCUAAAUUAUCAAGGUCAAAAUACUUAUGCCACAAAAGAGAAUGUUCGUAAUAGAUUAAAUUUCCCAAUCUGUCUAAUUCAUGGAGAAGAGAAUGUAGUAUUUGAUAUAAUGUCAACAAAAAAGACUUAUGAUACAUUACGAACGAUAAAUGGCGAACAUAAUUAUGUACACCAUGAAAUUGAUAAGUAUGGUCAUUUAGAUUGCUGGUGGGGAACUAAUGCUAGUAAGGAUGUAUUCACAAAAGCAUUAAGUCAUUUAGAAGAAACGCAGCAUUUGUGGGGAUACAACGCUGGACAACCAAAAAAAGAUUAUCGUGAUUCUUCUAGUAGUGAUGACUAAAUUUUAUAUGAUAAUGGGAUUGAGACUAAUAUAUCUAGAUUACAAAAAUUUUAAUAACAUUGUAACAUUGUAUAUUUAUUUUUGUAUCUUCAUGGUUAAAUAGAAGUUUUAUUUAUAGAGUAUAUUUUUCAAAUUUAAUAAAAAAAAUUUAAUGAUUAAAAGAUCA